CUACAAAAUCCCUGUGGCCUGCACUGGCAGCAAUGUGACAUUAACGAGUCCUUGGAGCAAAUGUUUGUGGUUUGAUUUGUUCAUGAAAAAGCUUUGGCACUCACGUUGAAACUCUGUGUAGACCUCCCUCUUUCACUCUCUCUCUCUCCCUCUCUCUCCCUCUGUCUGUACAUAUACUCUGCUAUAUUCCGCUCACUACAUAGUCGCGGUUAACGUGCGUGCGGUUGCCAGGAGAGACGCGCGUACAGUUGGCUACGGCGUACAGCUGUAACGGCAGAGCGGUAAUAAGGGCUCUCCCCCCGCCAUUUCCUCUUGUCAAUCCCUGGAAUGUCGAGUAGCGGCUCGGGCUCUUCCUCGCGGAAGGAGUUCGAUGUGAAGCAGAUCCUCAGGAUCCGAUGGAGGUGGUUCGGUCACCCCGCUGUCCCUCCGCCUCAAUCCCCGCCGCUCGGAGACUACUUCGCUGGGAGGAGAGCGGGCGGCAUCUCCACAGACGGACCUUCAGUAAGCGGCUGUAGCACCUCGAACCCCAGCGCCGGGGGGGGUCACAGCGGGCUGGUCGCGAGCGGCAGCGCUGGUUCUAACCUGUGUAACAGCAGCAACAGAAAGUUUGCUGAUCCGGCGGGGAGUCGGGGCGGUGGAGCAACGGGCAGCUCCUGUCCCCGCUCCUUCAGCCAGCCAGAGUGCAGAAGCCCCGCCGCGGCGUUGUCGUGGGUCUCCCCGCCGCUUCAUCGUCGCUCCCGUCCGGCGACGAGCAUGGAGACCCCUGGCGAUGCCCCGGUGCCCCAGCUGGAACCCGAGCCACUCGCUCACGUCGGGGUUGAGGAGGAUGCGGUGGCGGUGGCGGUGGCGGUGGCACCGGCAGCGUCUGGCACCGAGGACAACAACAACCACCCGGAAACCGACUCCAGCUCCUGCAGGACGUCUAACAGCAGCGCCACACUGUCCUCAUGUGUGUCGAUGGAGCCAUGUGCAUGUCCAGAGGAGUGUAUGUUCACCGCUCUGUCCCACGCCGACGUCACCUUCCGUAAGAUGGAGGGCUACCUGAGGUCCCGACAGCUGUGUGAUGUCAUACUGGUGGCUGGAGACAGGCGGAUACCUGCACACAGACUUGUCCUCUCAUCCGUGUCGGACUACUUUGCGGCCAUGUUCACCAGUGAUGUGAGGGAGGCCAAGCAGGACGAGGUGAAGAUGGAAGGAGUGGACCCUGAUGCAUUGUGGGUACUUGUGCAGUAUGCAUACACAGGCCGUCUCGAGUUGAGGGAGGACACCAUCGAGUCUGUGCUGUCAGCCUCCUGCCUGCUGCAGUUGUCAUCGGUGGUUCAGGCCUGCUGUUCGUUCCUCAUGAAGCAGCUGCACCCUUCCAACUGUCUGGGUAUCCGCUCCUACGCCGACGCUCAGGGCUGCAAUGACCUACAGAGGGCCGCUCACGCCUACACCAUGGAACACUUUUUGGAGGUGGUGGGAGGCCAGGAGUUCCUGUUGCUUCCUGUGGAGGAGAUGGAGAGGCUGAUCACGUCUGAUGACGUCAACGUGCCAGAUGAAGAAACCGUGGUAACCUCUUUGCUAACGUGGGUCCUUCAUGACACAGACACGCGACAACAUCACCUACCCUUGCUGCUGGCUCACAUACGACUGCCACUGCUGCAGACACAGUUCUUGGCAGACUUGGAAUCCAACCCUCUGCUCCGGGACAGUAUGGAGUGCCAGCGGCUGCUGAUGGAAGGGAUGAAGUAUCAACUCUUGCCUCAGCGCCAGCCCCAGCUUCAGAGUCCCCGCACCCGGCCCCGCAAGGCAACUGUUGGGGCCAUGUUCGCCGUAGGGGGCAUGGACGCUACGAAAGGUGCUACCAGUAUCGAGCAGUACUGUCUGCGUCGGGACACGUGGAGGCAGGUAGCCACCAUGAGUGGACGGAGACUACAGUUUGGUGUAGCUGUCCUUGAUGGCCGUCUCUAUGUGGUGGGCGGCCGAGAUGGACUCAAGACCCUAAACACUGUGGAGUGUUACAACCCGCACAGCAAGUCCUGGAGCGUCAUGCCUCCCAUGUCCACCCACAGGCAUGGCUUAGGCGUAGCUGUCCUAGAGGGGCCCAUGUACGCAGUAGGAGGACAUGAUGGCUGGAGCUACCUCAGCACAGUGGAAAGGUGGGACCCCCAAGCUCGCCAGUGGAGCUUUGUUGCAAGUAUGGCUACACCAAGAAGCACAGUGGGAGUAGCUGUACUCAAUGGCAAGCUAUAUGCAGUAGGAGGACGUGACGGCUCAUCCUGCUUGCGUUCAGUGGAGUGUUUCGACCCCCACACCAACAGGUGGAAUGGUUGUGCUCCUAUGGCUAAAAGGCGUGGAGGUGUGGGUGUGGCCACAUGGCAUGGCUUCCUGUACGCCAUCGGAGGUCAUGAUGCUCCGGCCUCAUCUCUUGCAUCUCGGCUGAGUGACUGUGUGGAGAGGUAUGACCCUCAGACAGAUGUGUGGACGGCAGUUGCCCCCAUGAGCAUCAGCCGAGAUGCCGUUGGUGUUUGUCUCCUUGGUGACCGCCUCUACGCUGUGGGCGGUUAUAAUGGGCAGGUGUAUCUCAAUGCUGUAGAAGCCUACGACCCUCAGACAAACGAGUGGACACAGGUAGCACCUCUGUGUCUGGGAAGGGCAGGAGCAUGUGUGGUGGCUGUCAGACUGUGAAAACUCAAACACCAACAUCAGAUAUGGCGGACUGUGCAUGAUGUGGCUCAGAUGCUCUGUGUUACUGCUGACAUGGUCACUGAAGUUACACCGAGAAACCCAUCUGCCUGCCAGCAUGAGAGAGACGUGAGAGACUGAUUACUAAACACACUUGGGGUUUUACAAUUUGGCAAAGUCAGAUUUAACUCUCCUGAAUGACAUGACCAUUAUUCAUCUUAAUGUUUAUGGUUAGGUUAGGGUUAAAUCAUGUGUCAGGUUUCUGAUAAAGUUUUCAUAUAUGAACAUCCUGAUAACUUCUCCCACAGUAGUGAAACGAUACUGACAUAAUGAAGAAGAAUCUGCAGUGUUUAUCUCUGCAUGAUAGAACACCUUUAUCUCAGCUUGUUUUCUUGCCUAUUAUUUUGUUCCUGUAGACGAGGUGGGACAGACACACACACACACACACAUACCUACAUGGUUGCUUUCAGCUUCUAUUUCUGCUUUCAGAAAGGAGAGAGAGACAGAGAGAGAGAUUGUAAAGACUGUUGAGGUGCCUCAUCAUUUUAAGCUCUCAGUGCUCCAAACAAUAUCUGAUAGCGUGUAUUGAUGCUAUUUUAAUAUAUGCCCUAUUAUUUUAUGCUGCAGUUGGCGAGUUGCUCUCCUCUUUCUUUCCCUUUCUCGCCCGCUGACAGAUGAAAGAAAGACUUUUGACAGCACAACCUUCUGAACAGCCAUACUGUAAGAAACUGUGGCGCCCUUUAUUCUUUUCAGUCAACAACACAUCAUCAUGCUUUUAUCUAAUGUUUCUGUGUAUGUCUUCCAUAUUGCAUCAGCUCACAUCUGAUGUAUACAGUAUACUGUUAUGUGUAAUUUAUUGUAGCUUUUUUUCAAGCUACAGUGACAAAUUAUCCAACAGUUUGCCUUUUUUUAGUUUUUUACCUUUUUCAUUUUGCAAUUCUUCAAAUAAGUGUAGUUAUUAAAGCACUGCUAUUAGGUUUAUAACCAGAGUAAUAAUAAGUACAGUAACUGUGGCUCUUUGUUGAUCCUGUAGGGAAAUUUUGUUUCCCAAUUUCCCACAGAGCACAUGGUCAGCUAUUUACAGGCUUGGUUUUAUACAGGGUCAGUUGAGCUUUUCUGUCCUACCUCCCUUUGCUCCACUAUAGAUGUUGCCUCAGUGUGUGUGUGUGUGUGUGUGUGUGUGUGUGUGUGUGUGUGUGUGUGUGUGUGUGUGUGUGUGUGUGUGUGUGUGUGUGUGUACAUGUGUUGAGAGAUUGCAAGUAGUAUAUUUUUAUCUCAAAUGAAAAUCUUCCCCCUUCCCCUCUCCACAUCUUCAAUUCCCUGCUGCUUUCUCUUCAUCCCCAUUUUCCCAUUUCAUCACUACACACGCACACGCACCACUAUGUUUUAGUGCAGAAUUGGAUACUCAGACAAAAUGAACAACAGACCAUAUAAUGAGACCAUGCAUUUAAUAACGUUGAUUUAGCCAGUGCCAACGUUUCGUUUGAUGUUGAGUUAAAAGCGUUAUUAGAUUUGAUGCCGCUGCAGACAAAGUAUGAGACAUUAGUGGACAAUGAAUCCCGUGAUACAACCUCAUGUGUUCAUAUUUGUAUACUUGUUUCAGUAAACUUACAUGUUAAGAAACCUCAAGAAUACAAAAAAAGCUGACUGCAGGUUCAAUACUGACAUGCCAAGAUGAUUUUAUGCUGCCUACCGAAUUGUGUAUUUCUCCUGUGUGGCUCAAUUGUGUGUGUGUGUGUGUGUGUGUGUGUGUGUGUGUGUGUGUGUGUGUGUGUGUGUGUGUGUGUGUGUGUGUGUGUGUGUGUGUGUGUGUGUGUGUGUGUGUGUGUGUGUGUGUGUGUGUGUGUGUGUGUGUGUGUGUGUGUGUGUGUGUACAGAAAGCAAACUCCCGAUAGUGAGAGGCAAAGCAGGCAUCCUGUCUGAACUGACAGAACUAGAGCUAAUGUAGCCCCCAGGAUGCACUUCACACACACACACUCACACACACACACACACACACACACACACACACACACACACACACACACACAGUACAAGACACACUUAACCACACAGCUGAAAGCCAAGUGCCCCAGGAGCCAGUAAAGAUUGAAAAGCCUCCCAGAUUUGCCGGCAUGACAUCUAAAAAGCAGAGACGGUGCAGGCUAGCGAUUCCCCACAGCUGAGCUGAUGUUUAUUCAAGCCUAACGCACUGCUGCAUUAUUCUAUUUUCUUCCCCUACAAACCUGCCCACUGUUUAUUCAGAGAGCAAUUCUCUUUAGAUCAGAGCAGAAGUAGUGGGUCACCUCCACUGUGUAGAGGUAGUCAGAGUUUAAUUUCAGUCAGAGGUUAAAAAUAAAGACAUACAUUCCAAAUCAAACUAUAUAUUUUGUGUAUAUUAUGUACAUAAAUAUCUAUAAAAUCUUUAUGUAGUCUUAUUGCAUUUUGCUGUAUAUUAUACAGUGCCCUCUAAAUCUACCAUGUGUUAUUGUGCAUUUCUUUUUGUACCAUGAAUUAAAAAUAAAGAAGAGGUGUAAUAAAAUGAUGGUUGGUCAGAAAUGGUACAGCUGCUCAUCUCCUCUUUUUGUACCUGAAUAUUACACCUCCUCUUUUACAAUAUGAUGUAUGUCAAUAUAUGCUGCUGUAAUAUUCUGUUAUUGGUCUUUUAUACAUUAAAGUCAAGAUGUGAUGUAA